CACCUAACAUAGUACAUACCCUAGGUACCGUAGGCCUUCUCCAAAUUUCCAAUUCAUGAAUUGAAGCUACGCAACUUUUCAACUUUUCUUCCUCCGAGCUUUUCUUUCCCUUUCCCUUUUAAUCCCAACAAACUUUUCCUCUUCCCUUUUUCUUCUUCUUCUUACAGCCUCGGUCAAAUCCCUCCCUCCCUCUCUCUCUCUCUUGCGUCUUGCCCAGCAUGGUGGCCCUCCAUUAUUCUGUCCUUGCCGCUUUGGCUCUUCGUGUCGUCUCCGUCUUUGCUGCUGCUGAGGCAGUUGCUGAAUCUCCUCUUUCCGACAAUACCAGUAGCCCUCCUAAGGUCGAGUUACAGGCUGAAGUUGUGGCCACCUUCCCCGAGGCGGACGACAUCUUUGGCGUGAAGCUUGUCAACGGCCGUCCAACUAAGGCUGUGAUUGAUGUGACCAACAAUGAAGAUGAACCUAUCGUGGUUUCCUUUGUGGGCGGCCAGCUCGUCAAAAACAAGCCCUUAACUCCGGAGGAGGACCCCAUAUCCCAUGUCGUGCGCAACUUGACUACCGUCCGCUACGAGGCUACUAUCCCGGCUGGCGACAAACAGUCGCUUCCUUACUCCUUCGUGCUGGAUAUGCUACCACAGGAUGUGCGCCUACAACUUAUGGCUGUUGUCAGCAAUUCGGACAAGCAGGUCUUCCAAGUUGCCGUCUACGACCAGACUGUCAGCAUUGUUGAGGCUCCCACUAGCAUUUUCGACCCCCAGAUCAUCUUCCUAUAUGCCUUCCUCAGCGCCGCCUUUGCUGGCACGUGCUACUUCGUCUACAAGACCUACAUCGAGGCUCUGUUCCCCCAGACCAAGCGGGCUCCCAGUGCAAAGUCUGGCAAGAAGGGCCGUGCUGCUGCACCCGCUGCUGAGAAGGAACCCCUCUCAGGAGGCGAAAGCUCUGCGACCGGCACAGACAAGGGCUAUGAUGAGAGCUGGAUCCCCUCCGACCACCUUAACCGCCCUACUGCGCGCCGCGGCAAGAGCGGUGCCAGCAACAAGACCAAGUCCAAAGCUUCUGAUUAGAAGAAGCUAGCCGCAUAGGAAGACCCUCUCACUAAAGCUGUCUACGGCCUGUUGAUAGGCAUUAUGUGGUACGCGUUAGGAUAAUGGAAAGGGUAGGGUAGGGGGAUAUUCCAUUCGUCGUUACGAGGGUUGGAAAGGAAAAGGGUGUAUUAAAUUACGGCAAGGGAAAAAAAAUCAAAGUUAAUAAAAGUAAAGCAAAAAGCAUAGUAUGUGUAUAAUGUUCACUUGCCUACCAAAACCCAUGUACAUGAAUCGGACUGGCACGAUGAGUUCUGAACCGUCAAUUCUAAAUGGGAAAGGACAUCUAUGCCAGACAUACUUGAAUCCCGCCCUUUCAAAGCAUACAAGGUGGCCAGCAGGUGCUUCUUCUCUACAUGUCACAACUCCUAAAUACUACGCCACCAUAUACGAGAGUAUCUCUAGACCUUGCCCCGAAAUGCAUUUCUAAAGUCCUAUGAGCAAGCUUGACAAUGUCAAUUGAUCCAGGUAGGGAUACAGUACAUGUUAUAUUAGUAU